AUGAAUUUUCAGGUUCAAUUCCCUUUUCUUUAUGUUAAGAAAAAAAAACCAGGUCCUUCUAUUAUUGACCUCUCAAACAACAAAUUAUCUGGGUUUAUACCUUUUAGAAUAGGGUAUUGCAGGUAUCUUUUCUCUCUUAACCUUGGCAGAAAUAAUCUCACAGGAAAUAUUCCAAUCGAGGUUCUUCAACAAAAUUCAGUGUUGCAUCAUCUUCAACUAAAUGACAACAAUCUUAGUGGUUGUCCUCUUGACUUCAUUAGUAAACUUGCAUAUCUCAGAGUUGUAAGCUUAGCGAAUAAUAAAUUCGGAGGGACUAUCCCCACUGUGUUUAAUUCGUCGCUGCUACGGAUUCUUUCUUUGCGGUCAAACAAGUUCAACGGGUCAAUCCCUAAAGAGAUUAGUAACUUACAAAAUCUCCAAAUAUUAGACUUAUCGCAAAACAAUCUCACAGGGAUAAUUCCUAGGACAGUAGGGAACUUACAAAGGCUGGUAAGUAAACCUACCGAGUUGUUCCCUAUUGGCGGUGAAAUUGGUUUACUAUUUCAAAUGUCGUUGAAAGGGAACAUGAUGCAAUUUCAGAAACUGUAUAGCUACAGUGCAGGAAUUGAUCUAUCAUGCAACGAUCUCGAAGGAAACAUCCCAGAAGAGAUUGGUCAACUAAAAGGUCUCCCCACGCUUAAUCUGUCACAUAAUCGCUUUUCCGGCGUAAUGCCACCAAGUGUUGGAAGCAUGAGCGGUUUGGAGUCCUUGGAUUCGAGUUUCAGCAACUUAUCUGGAAAGAUCCCACACUCUUUAGUAUCAGUACGUUAUCUUGGAUAUUUGAAUCUAUCUUAUAAUAACUUGAGUGGUAGGAUCCCAAGAGAAGCCCACUUUGACACAUUAAGUGGAGAUGGUUCAGCAUAUGCUAACAACACUUUGUUGUGUGGCUUCUACACAAACCACGUUUGUGAGGAUGAUCAGAGAAGUAAUCCUCCAAAUGGAAGUUACGAAGAUGUCAAAGAUAAAUUGUUGUUGUAUGCUAUUGUUGCUUUGGGAUUUGCUGUUGGAUUUUGGGGUCUAUUCUUUGUUUUGCUUUUGAAGAAAGAGAAAUGGUGGUUUGUAUACUGGAGAUUAAUAAAUGUCGUUGCAGUGAGAGUUGUUGAUUGUAUGUUGAAAGAUUAA